AUGGCCCAAGGUGAUGAUACCAACAAUGUUAACCCUUUAAUAAUAAAUUCAAGACCACAGCCAAUACCAAUACCAAAACCAAUACCAUUGCAAUCACAGCAACAACCAACACGAGCAGAAGCAAUACAACAACAACUACUAAAACCCCGAUCACAACAACAAGUAGCAAAGCAAGUAGUACAACAAGCAAGACAACUACAACCACCACAAUCGUCGUCACUACAAGCAACACUACAAGCAACACAACAAUCAAUAGAACGAGCAAUACAACUACAACCAUCAACAUUAAAAUCAAGUCCACAGCCAAUACCAAUACCAUUUCAAUCACAGCAACAAGCAAUACAACAAGCAAUGCAACAACAAGCAAUGCAACAACAAAUAGUACAGCAACAAGCAGUCUUACAACAAGCAAUACAACAACCAUCGACACAGCAAACAGCCCAACAACAGCAAGGAGAGCAGUUAUCCAGCAAUACAAUGGCGAUAAAUGUGAAUUAUAAGGCUCUCGAACCAAGUACCCUUUCCAGUCUCAAGUUAUGA